CCUUUGACUUUUGUUCCGGGGCAACCUCCGAAGAGACGAAACCGAUCGUACCAUCGUCCACCUCGAUCCUCUUCGUCUUCCCCACCACCGUCGCAAUGAUCCGAUCGCAUGCGCUCCCGCUUCUGAUCCUGUCGUCCGUCCUGGCCACAUGCCGAUCGGUCCGGUUCGACCUGCAGUCGGGCCACACCAAGUGCAUCUCCGAGGACAUCAAGAGCAAUUCCAUGACCGUCGGCAAGUACAGCGUCGUCAACCCCAGCGAAGGCCAGCCCAUGCCCGAGUCCCACAAGCUCACCGUCAGGGUGACUUCGACGUAUGGGAACAAUUAUCACUACGCGGACCACGUGGAGUCGGGUCAGUUCGCGUUCACGGCCGCGGAGGCUGGGGAUUACAUGGCCUGCUUCUGGACCCCGGAUCACCGGCCACCGACCACGGUGACCGUUGAGUUUGAUUGGAGGACUGGUGUGGCUGCUAAGGAUUGGGGCAGUGUUGCCAAGAAAGGCCAAGUUGAUCUCAUGGAACUGGAGCUGAAGAAGUUGCAUGACACGAUCAACUCCAUUCAUGAGGAGAUGUUCUAUCUUCGCGACAGGGAAGAAGAAAUGCAGGAACUUAACCGAGCGACCAACUCCAAAAUGGCGUGGCUGAGUUGCCUUUCGCUUUUUGUUUGCUUGUCUGUGGCUGGCUUGCAACUAUGGCACCUCAAGACAUUUUUCGAGAAAAAGAAGCUCAUCUAGAUAUAUCAGGACAACAUUUCACAAUUUUUGUUUUCUGUAUCAUACGUGGAGUUAGACAGUAUGUUGAAAAGGACCAAAUAGGAGAUUACAUUGCUGGAUAACUUAAGUCGGCAUCAUACCACACAAAGGGACUUCAUUGCGCCAUCCUGUACAAUUGCAUUCUCAGGUCGGUCUUGAUGAAAAUAUUGCCUCUUGUCCUUCAGUUUGCUGGAAUGAACUUUGCUGAACAAGAAGGCCUCCUUAGCCUUUAA